AUGUACUUCUCUGUGUGCAAUUUGGGCAUGCAUGCACUCGGAUGUUAUGGGUUCUUUUUUUUUUUUUUUUUUCUUUUCUCUUUACAUGGCCAGCCAUUAGAGGGCCCUCGAAUAAAAGGGGGAGGCGCUGCUGCGGUACAAACACACACGACACCGGCCGUAUUGGAAACCACAGCCGAUCCAUUACACAUACACACAGACACACUAAUGAAAACAAGGCAUGACAUUCAGUUUUGUCUUGACGAGGAGAAGACAGAAUUCAAUCAGUACUGGUACUCGCCGAAAACCAUCAAUGUCCUCCUCGAUGAGGUGCGCCAUCACGCAACGGCAUGUGCGUUCCUGUCGACCCCGUCACUGUACUUUACUUUGGUGGGUGAAAGGGAUGAAGCGAUGACGAAUAAGGAUGAUGUCGACACGGACGGCACUGCGGCUGCUUUAGCGGCUGGGGGAACUGCGGCCUCGCUGAUUACCAGCAGUCGUCUGUUUGAGUUUGACCGGCAGUGGGAAAAAGACCCGGGGUUUGUGCACUACGACUUUCACAAGCCGGAUCAUGUGCCGGUGCAGCACUUCGCUGCCUUUGACUACGUCUUGGCCGACCCACCGUUCAUCACGGAGGAUGUCUGGGCGGCGUACGUUCAGACCGCAAAGCUGCUCCUCCGGCCGGGCGGCAAGCUGCUGCUCACCACCGUGAUGGAGAACCACACGAUGCUGGAGAGCCUCCUGGACGCUCCGCUCUUCAUCGCCCCGUUCCGUCCCUCCAUCCCCCACCUGACGUACCAGUACGUCUGCUUCACAAACUACAAAUUCACGCGGCUCGCACGGGUGAAUUCCGAGUUACCGCCGGAGGACCCAAAAAUUCUGGCGGCGACGCAGAUGGCAAACGACUUACGGGAAUCGGAGCGGGAGUUUACGGCGCAGAUGCGGCAGCGGGACAGACAGGGUGAACAGCCGCUGCCAGCCGCACAGCGUCAUGACGUGCCGAGUGCCAUGAUGGCAGACAUUCCAGCAUGCGACAUGAAAUGGGGAUACGUCCCAGCGGGGUUGACGGUGUACGCGAAUGGCAGCGAGACACCACCGGAAGAAACUGGGGACCAAGACUACGGCAGCGCCUAUCGCGAGAUUGAGUCGUUGCGGGGGAUGCUGGAUAAAUUUAAGCGGCUCAUUGAUCUCUCGCAGAAACACCUUGAUGCGUUGUCGAGGCUACAACAGAAAUGCACCAAGCAGGAUGGGAAAGGAGUGUCUGCCACAGAUUUUGCCAUGGUGGCAGCAAAGGAAGAGUUUACCACGACGAUUGAGGAAAUGCGGGGAGUGAUCAAGAGCGUUGAGGCGAGUGAGGCGCGCCUGACCGCCGAGGGCGGCGAGACGGCGCUGAACCAUAUUGCUGCCAUGAAGGAGUGCGUGGAGGCGUACGCGGCGCUGCCCCUUGAGAGACAGAAGCUAAAUGAACUUGCGGCGGAUGCCACACGCAAAUACAAGUCUCCUGUGUUUAAUAGAAUGAAGGAGCUGCUGCAGCUGCUGAAGGAGAUCAAGAAGCAGAACCAGAACCAGAAGCAGCAGGAGGGAACGUCCGCGAUGGCCGCAGAGGAGGAUUCCUCCAGUUGA